UGUGUAACCAAAUGGACCUUUGCUACAAUGUCACAAAUAAUCUGUGGAUCAAGACAACAUCUGAAGUUCACAGCUGAGUCAAAACCACUGAAUCUGUUUUAAGUUAUGGCAAACAAUCCCAGGAAGGCUCUUAUUUCCUUUUCCCUAACUUUGAAUGCACUUCUGCUGGUCUCCACUGCUACUGCCCAGUCUUGUGAGGGGAAGUGUGGGGAGACGCUGGACACGUGUUCGUGCCACUCAACCUGUGGGUCUCUUGCCUCCUGCUGUGCAGACCUAAAGCAGUUCUGUGUGGACAUCUCUCCCCACUCUGGGUCCCUGUUGGGAGGGACAGACUUCACUCUGCUCAACACAAAUUUCCAUCAAGGUGAUACAGUACUCUGCAGGUUUAAACCCUCGACUGAGACAGAGGGGUACGUGGACGAAGUUGGUGUCGGCCACUGCAUUUCUCCCCUACUCUAUGUGACGGGGUGGAUCCCAUUUGAGGUUUUUAUCAAUGGAGUUCCCAAGGCAUGGGGAACUUGGCUAUCAGUCCACCACAGCAAGCUAGACGCAAAGUUUAAAAUCACACUAGUCAAUGCCACUCAAUGGCAGUACUAUGGCACCCCAGACGUGGGAGGAACCCUGCGCAUGACGUGGAACUCCUCUCUUAUCAAUGCUGAGAAGGUCAGCGUGGAACUAUGGGGCUACAAUGAGACAGGUGAGCAGUACAGUGAGUCCUGGACAGCUGAGUGGCAGUAUUUGUACUCAGUGGAGAAGGCUGUCCCCAACACUGGGGCCUUCAGCUUCCAGCCCAACCCAGCCACUGACCCCCACUGGAGGUGGGAGAUGGGAUCCAUGAGGGUCAGCCCCGGCUCACUCACCGGCGGACAGAAGGAUGUGAACGCCUUAUGGAGUGGGGCUCACGCUCUGGCCUGGCACUUGGAGCAGGCCUUCAGGGCCGACUCGGCCAAGUGGGCCACUGCUAAGUGCCUGACCUGGGACACCAUGGAGGAGCGCCUGCCCGACUUCCUGUCUGAGAUCCCAGACUGCCCCUGCACCCUCGCCCAGGCCAGGGCAGACACGGGCAGAUUCCACACUGACUACGGCUGUGACAUUGAGAAAGGGAGUAAAUGCACGUAUCACCCAGGAAGUGUCCACUGUGUCAGAGCCAUACAGGCCAGCCCUAAAUAUGGAGCAGGUCAGCAGUGUUGCUAUGACAACACAGGUGCCCAGGUGUUGACAGGUGACUCCAUCGGGGGCAGUACGCCUGACAGGGGGCACGAUUGGGGUGCCCCGCCUUACGGUAAGCCCCCGCGGAUACCAGGCCUCUCGCACUGGAAGUACGACGUGCUCAGCUUCUACUAUUGCUGCCUGUGGUCAGAUAACUGCCAGUACUACUUCAAGCACAGGCCAUCCAGUGACUGCAGGACCUACAAGCCUCCCAAAGCUGGCACUGUCCUCGGUGACCCUCAUUUCAUUACAUUCGGUGGCGCCACCUACACCUUCAACGGCAGAGGGGAGUACUACCUGCUGGCCUGCCCAGAAAAAGGCCUGUUUGUUCAGGGCAGGACGGAGCCGGUGAAACUGGAGAACGGUUCCCUAAUCCAGGCCACCACACUAUCCUCUGUGGCCAUGAGGGAGAACAGCUCUGAUGUCAUUGAGGUGCGACUCGCCGCGCGUGCUAACACCUUGGAGGUACUGAGGAACCAGCAGGUUCUUUCUUUCUCAGAGCAGAGCUGGAUGGACCUCCAAGGUGUAUUUGUGUUCUCGUCCACGGCGGGGAACGUGACCGUGAUGUUCCCCUCAGGGGCGGGGGUGGAGGUGCGGGCCCGAGAGGGAGCCAUGGCGACCACCGUGCUCUUGCCCCUGGAGUUCACCAACCACACACGAGGCCUUCUGGGCAGCUUGACCGACGAGCCUGACCAUGUCCUCGUCUCCAGUGAUGGAGAGCACUUCGAUGCCAGUCAGAGCACACCUGAGGAUCUCUUUCGUUUUGGCUCAACCUGGGCCAUAUCCAACGAGUCCUCCCUGUUCACCUACGACUCGGCUCACCUGCAGGACUCCUACCUGAACUCCCCUGUGCACCAUGACCCAGGCUUUGUUCCGCUGUUUUCUCUACCUGAGACUCCUGGCGACCCCCUGUUGAGUGACAUGCUGAAGAUGUGCUUUGGGGACGGGGUCAGCUUCUGCAAGUACGACACCCUGGCCACACGCAGUCUGAGGGUGGGCAAUGCCACCAUGAGCGCUGUCCAGAGCCACACUGCCCUGGUCAGAGACCUCAGGCCAGUGGUGUCCUGUGGCUUCCUACCUGCCCCUGCUAGGGGUGAAAAGAAGGGGCAGGUGUACCUGGAGGGGGCCGAGCUGACAUUCUCCUGCCCCUCGGGUCAUAUCCUGUUGGGCUCCCCAAAGCGCAUCUGUGAGGAGAGUGGACAGUGGUUGGGCACAACAACCCACUGCGUUUCAGACAACAUGCAGGGGAUCAUACUGGCCUGUACAGGAGUCACGGCAGCCCUGCUCACUCUGGUCGCAGCCAUCACCUUUUACAACCGCAAGCUCAACAGGGAAAGACAGGAGAGGCUGAAAGCAACAGUGGCUUUUAAACAAAUGUAAAGUUCUGCUAAGUUGAAUAGUGUUCAUUUUUAUGCUGUAUGCUCAUGUUGUCUGAAAUGGUAAUAUGGUGUAUGUGUAAUGUUAUGCAAUACAAACAGCACUGCUAUGUUAAUCGGGCAAUUUAUUGGGGAUGUCUUUAAUUAUCUCCCUC